AUGCCCCCGCUUGUUUCCCAGUUUGGCCGACAAAGAGCGAACAUGAAUGCAGGAGGCGUGCUUACCACGUACCGGAACGACUAUGAUCCUCGAGCACAGAGUAAAACGAAGCGGCUAACUGGCACAACCGGAGCGACAUAUCAGACGCGACUUGGGACGCGGGUACAGAAUCUGCAGCCAGUUAGAUCAAAACAGCAAGCCACACGCAGGCCAGUUGUCCCUCAACGGAAUACUAUUGCCUCAAACAUCUUCCAGCUCGCAAAUGCUCUCCAAGCGGCCAAAGGAACAGUUGGAACUCCUCGUCGUGAAGCAAAAAGUGUAGGAGAUAGGCCUGCCUAUCAAGUACCGAAGUCUAUUGACAGACGAGCGGCUGCCCGCCGUCAAGAACCGUCAGAUUCAUACAGUGAUUACUAUAGUUACUAUAGCGACUCAUAUCCUUCGGAUUACUUCGAUGACCUUAUCACUAGUCGAUCAGUGUCUCAGCAUGGGGCAAGUGGAAGCAAGGAUACUAGUUUUGCUAUGUUGGAUGACUUAAUCGAACUAAUCAAAGAAACCUCGAUUAGCAGCCAGCACUCUCGUGAUAGUAGAGACAACCCAAGUACAAGGUCAAGGGCUAAGGAGAAAAAGCCUUCAUCUGUUUCUGCGUUCAAACGGCCUGCUAGAGCAUCUCAGCCUAAUUCACGAUCUACUUCCAAAUCAGAUCCAAAAUCACACAAAAAGACGUUUUCUCUUGCCGAAAGUCAACAGGAGGGUAGCGAACACGAGUUCGACAGUGUUAUACACCAAUCUCUUUCAACCUCGCAAAAUAGUAUUAACACCGAGAUAGUUAUUCCAAACACUAAGGUAAGUAGAGGGUCGAUGAAUUUCAUAGAGCAUAACAGAAUGAUGGCAGUACAUCCAUACAAUGCCGCAAACAGUAGUAAGAAAGACUCUGCUCUCAGCUCUGGACAAGAGAAGCGCAGCUCUUACAUGGAGAAUGGGCUGGCCGGAUCUACAACCGGAUUUAUCAACGAGUCACGUAGGCACCAACAACUUAAACGGAAACAGGUCCAAGAUACCCAUUCUAAUGAGGAUAAAUCGAACAAAAGGCAUCACAGUACCGGAACACCUGACCUGUCUAUAAUCACUGGAUCGGCAGGCUCAUUGGCUGCCCCACUGAUAUCCUCUGCCAUUGCGACGUCUGGAGGCGCAGAUCUAUCUGUUGGUGUAGGAUCUCACGCUAUGACGUCUUCUUCAGCCCCUUUAAUGCUAGAAAAUAAGGAUUUGCAAGCCAACUAUUCUGAAACUCAAGGCCGCAACGGCCUCACUGAUAAGCCUGCCCGGAGAUAUAUGUUGCUGAAGGAUUCUGAGAGGUACAGGCUCACUGUGCAGCAGCAACAGCAAAUGAUACAACCUAACGCCCAACAGCCAGUGCUCUCACACUCUGCGUUACUAGCAUCUGGAGGACCUGCCGGGGAGUCUGGCGAAAAGGCUAAUGCUAGCAACUCCGGGUUAUCUAUACGCGCAACCCCCAAUAGCUCUGCGGUGGUGGUACCUCACCAGCUUCCAGGAGAGACGCCAUUACCAAAGUAUAUAACGACCGCCAAUGAUGCAUUCAAUUUGUUCAGAGAAAAGUACCGCAAUCUUAAGCAAGAAAAGAAAACGCUUGAAAAGGAGCUAACUGAACUGAGAGCUACUUUGGAAGCAGAAAGAUCUGAGCUUAUUGCUGCAAGACAGCAAAUUAGGCAUCUAGAAAGCACAAAGGCAGAGAUGAGAAACGAGUUUCGGGCCAUUUUAGACGAGAAGGAAAAGAUCAUCUAUCAGCUCAACACUACAGUUGACCAAGCCCACAGAAUAGCCAUCGAUAGGUCCCUCCUUGACAGAUCGUCAGCGGAUGGAGGGGACAUUAAGUUAUCAGCCCAGCCACCAGUUGAUACAGAGGCGAUCUAUCGUGAAGCUUACGAACAAGCAAAAAUAGAGCUCUUACGAGAGCUUAGGCAAGAUCUGUCUGUGGAGCUAGAGCAACGGAGAACAAAGCAUCGUGGCAAGGACGGGGACAUAGAAUUGGCGCUUUCAAAUUUGGUAACAAAUAAGCAAUACAGCGAGAACACUGUAGCAAGAACUAAGGAACCCGCCAAGCCCAUUGUGUCCCGGAUUUCCAAUGAGUCGUCCGACAUAGACUACCUAAAGAAGGGAAAGAAGCCUACUCUUGCCACGAGAAGUGGGUGUACCCAGGAACGGAAUAGCUUUGAUAGUGAGAAGAAGGAUGAGGCCGAUAAGAGCUCCGAAGAGGUAUUGCCAAGCAGGUCGCCACUUAUCACCAUCCCAGUUUCUACCCCAAUCACUUCUAAGUCGACUGGCUCCACAACAAAAGCUGUGAAGGAGCUCACUGCCCAGGCCCUUAUUGUAUCAGAACGAGAUCAGAGCGCACAAUCUGGAGAGUCAUCACCUAUGACUUUGUCCCCGGAUAUAUACAAGGAUCCUCUCCGUGGCAUUUCCUUGCACUCUAAGCCACUGCCACCACCUGAUGGCAAUACCUUUGCUGAACUGCAAGAAGAUGUCCAUGAGCUUCCUGAGGUUGAUAAUAAAAUUAACUCUGUAGACGGAUCCAAUGCAAUCACUACUGUUGUUGCAUUACAAAAGGAAACAGUCUUCACUGAGGCCAAUGCUGUAUGUGCUUUAGAGAAUCUUCAAGUUAAGGAGUUUGCACAUAUUCCAGACACCACUGUUAGCGAAGAACCUCACGCAGAGGAGAAGCUACACGCACAUCUCGAAGAGCCAGUUCUUCCUGAAGAAAAAGAAACUUAUUUAGCAACUUCGGUUCCGCGUCUAUCUUCAGAAAAAUCAUUGAAUAAUCAUUUACUAGAUAAAGAGAUACACAACGUAAAGAAUACAAGAGAGGACAAGCUGGAGGGACAAUUGAAUUCGACAUCAGAGCCACAGCUGGACUCAGAGGUUUGCAGUAAAGCUGACCAUGCGCUCGAUGAGAAACAGGUUGAUGAUGCUCCUCAGAUGCAAACGCAGACACACGUAAGGCCGUUAGAACAUGAGGCGUUUGCUCCUACUGACCAUAUAAACCAACAAGACACAGCAGUGUGCGAAAACGGACCCUCGGAGGUGAAUAUCGAAGAGCUUACUGAUCUUAUGCCAGCAAUAACCCUGCCAAGCAAUGACAGAGCCAGAUUACUCAGCACAGAGAAGCCAGAGAUAAAAGAACAAGAAAGCAACGAAGCCAAAAGAGAGGAGCAAAACGAGCUACCCCAACACACGAAUGUGGAGAGUCAUAUGGAUAUAGAGACAAAAUCAGCAGGUGUUACUGAAAGCAUCAAUGUACUGGAUGCAUCGACGCUCAUGUCAGGAGUUGUCCCUGAUAUUUCGGAAAUACUUGCUGAUCAUACAAUCCAGAAUCUAAGCAUGCUCCCAACGCCGUCUGGGGUCUCGUUCAUGCCACGAACAGAGGAGCACACAGGCUCAGAGGUUGCACUUCGGGACGAUGGAUCUGCUUAUAUGGAGUUGACUGCAGCUAUUGAUAACAUCAUUGACGACUCAUACUAUGGAAACUUCAUUGUAAUAUUUAUGAAUAUGUCUGAGUACCCUGAAGGUGGGGAGACACUUUGCCAAUUGGGAGUUAACAUGGCCAACUGCAUUUAUGCAAAUGCUAGUAUAGAGCUCAAUGCAAUCAGUCAAUUCGAGCCAUUGUCAAAAGAACUACUAGAACUGGUGCAUGAUCAGCACAGUGUCUUGUGGUCAAUGUCCUACUACACAGCAAAGGUGUUACUAGCAUACUUCUGUGCAUUUGGAACAGACACCCUAGAGCUUAUUACUGCAAUAGCACCAGACUUUGCCGUCGUGCUCACCGAAGUCUCUCCAGAUAUGGGCGAAGGUUUUGCAAACGAGUGUCAUGUUCUUGGGGCUCUUCUCAGUCUAAUUGCAAGCUUAGGGGUCCUUUGCACAGAGGGCGACUUGGCCAGUUUUGUACAGGCGUCUCAGACGUUACUAAAUCUAAUGAAGAUAGACGACUGUCCUAUCUAUCUAUACCCUAUUCCUGUGACCAUAGUGAUUUGCAUUGAGGUGCUACUGACCAAUGGAUACUUCUUGCCAUUGGAGGCAGAUGACGACACUAAGGAUGAGGCAUCUAUUUUGCAAGAGAACGUCACAGAAGUCGUUGCUACGACCCUGGUGAAGUUAUGCAAGAAAUACCUAAACCAAGUGCAAGCGGGCGACAGUGACGAAUUCCUCCCAGAGCAGCAUGAACUAUGCAACAUAGCUUGCCUCAUGCAAUCAACGAUUCUUUUGCAGCGCGAGGUUAGAUUAAAACCGGAAUUGUUAGAAAAUGUGCAGGCUGUAUUCGAAGGUGUCGCACAGUCAACUCGGGCACUUGCUAGUGUUCCAGGCUUGUCUCAAUACUACGAGGUAGUUAGCUCCAGCAAAUCAUAA